CAAAGCAUUGGGGGCUAUGAAUUGUGAGAAGAUGCCACCUACUCUUUUUGCAUGAUGAACCCUAAUACUAUGAAGCCACGCAUUUCUUUUGCCAUACCUUACCUCCAAUAUACUUCAAUAUUUCUCUCCCUUUCUCCCUUCCCUAACCACCUAUAUAUCCAGCCCCACCAUUUGUUCCUUCUCCCUCAACAUCUUCUCCUUGUUCCCCUUCGAUCCUCUCUUAAUUUCAUUACCCUCUUAAUUCGAUAUUAGAUCACUAACUAUUAUACCCUUUAGCUUGUACUUAAUUAGCCACGAGAUGAGCACCAUUUGUGCCGAGCAACACAAGCCCUACACUCCUCACCAACUUCUUUCUCCCAAGAGACCCUUAAGAGAUCUUGAGAUUCUACCAAGAAAACUCCUUACAAAGAAAACCCAUCAAGAAAGCCUAGACAUGUCUCCAUAUGAGACUAAUCUUCAAAGAUUCCUUCCUUAUAAUGACUACAGCAAUGAGAAGGUUGUUGAUGGUGAGCUAGAUCCGUACUCUUCUGACCAUUUCCGCAUGUAUGAGUUCAAAGUUCGUCGCUGUACGCGCAGCCGUAGCCAUGACUGGACCGACUGCCCGUUUGCUCAUCCUGGCGAAAAGGCUCGUAGGAGAGACCCUCGUAGGUUUCACUACUCUGGAACUGUUUGCCCUGAGUUUAAGCGUGGAGGUUGUAGCCGUGGAGAGAAUUGUGAGUUUUCUCAUGGUGUUUUUGAGUGUUGGCUUCACCCUUCUCGUUAUCGAACCGAGGCUUGCAAAGAUGGCAAGAAUUGUAAGCGAAAGGUUUGUUUCUUCGCUCACUCCCCUCGCCAACUUCGCAUUUUGCCUGAGGUUUCUUCACGCAAUAAGAGCUUGGCUUCACCAUGUUCAUCUCUCAAUCAUAGUCAUUGUUGCGUUGUUUGCCAUUCUAUGACUUCCUCUCCGACCUCUACUCUCCUUGGUAUGUCCCACAUGUCACCGCCAUUGUCGCCAUCAUUAUCACCACCUCUAUCACCGGUGAAACACCAAUCCUUAUCCGGGUUUUCGCCAAUCUCCCGAUAUAAUGAAACGCUGAGCAAGUUUAGGGCUGGAGUUGUGAGUUACAAAGAUGUGCUCACUGAGGUAAUGAGUUCUUUAGAAGCCAUGAAUUUCAACGAAGGGGCGAGUGUUUCUUCACCUAUGUCCUCAUCUACUAAUCACAACAGGAAUGUCAACAGCACCACUCCAUGGAAUAUUGAUGUCUCUUUCAGUGGAGAAGAUCAGCCACAAUUCAUUCUUUCACCUUCAACUCCAACCCCCUCAUCAAAUUUUUUCAAUGGAGAUUGUUCAAGCAAUAAUGGCCUGUUCGUUGAUGACAAGAUUAAUGAUCAUAAUAAUAUUGGUGAUGGUGGUUUGGCUUGUACUUCUGAUCCUGACCUUGGAUGGGUUAAUGAGCUCUUAAUGUAGAGCAGAUGGAGCUGCUGAUGAUGGGAAUGGAUCAGAUGGAGAUGAUUGGAUCAUGUGUACAUGCAAGUCAGGCCAGCAGCACCAGCCGUACAUAUGGAGCUUUAAGUGUGUGUGUGUGUGUGUGGAUUUGGUGUAAAUUGCUUUCUCUUUUAAGUUUUUGAUUAAUUUCCUUUUGAUGAUGAUCAUGUUACUAUUAAUUUAGCUUGUAUUUUGCGGAAGUACUUAUGUUCUUCAAGUUCUUGAAUCUUCGAGUUCUUAAUUUUCAAGAAGUGUUCAUUAAUGUUUGAUGAAUAUAUAUGUAUUGAAAUUUAA